GCCCUUUAUACCACUGUAUAUUUCAACGGCUGGGAUUUCUUCUCUUCUCUUCUCUUCUCUUGGCUAUCCACACAAACAUACUUAGCUUCAUUUCCAUAGUUUCAAACCAAGUGUUUCUCCUGCCUGCUCUCUGUCUAAGGAUAUGAACUGAGUUCUUGAAUUUUCUUGAAUUUGAACUCCAGUAAAAUCUCUGCUCUUCAUGAUAACUGCAGGAUUGGGGAACUGGGAUAGUGAAAAGUAUUUGUUUUUAAAUGUUGGUGAGAUUUAGGGUUCUUGAUUCUUGGAGGAUUGAAUAGAUGGUCAUGGAAAGAAAUGUGAGGGUGAUAUGUGAGGCUUCAGGAGAUAAAUUGAAGGGUAAAACCCAAUCUGUUUUCCUGGAUCCAAAUUUGAUUAAUAGUUUGAACAUUAGUGAAACCCUCGCAGACUCGAAUGGAAUGACCUCGAGCCUAUGUGAUGAAGGCCUGCCAAAUUUUCUGGACCCUACUGUUAUUGACAGCUUGAGAAUUAGCCACACCUUGGUUGAUCGAAACCGAUGUAUUGAAAAUUUAUAUGGUGAAAGCAUAUCAAAGUUUUCGGACACGGUUUUGAUUGAAAACUCGAGAGGUGAGCAAAGCCUGCACAUAGGAAAUUCAUGCCAUCAAGGUAUACCGAGUUUUCCAGAUCCAAUUUUGGUUGGUAGUCUGAAUGUUAGCCAAACCUGUUCGGAUCGAAACGAACUCGCUGGAAAUUUAAAUGGUCAGGCUGUAUCGGAUUUUCUGGAUCCGGUUCUGAUUGAGAACUUGAGAAUUAGCCAAACUUCGGUGAAUCAAAAUGGGCUCACGGGAGUUUUAAAUGAUGAUGGUCCACCAUCUGUUAUGGAUCUGCAUUUGAUUAACGGUCUCGGAGUUUGUGAGGACUUGUUGGAUCAAAAUCAGUUUGCAUUUCCACCGCUUCAAUCUGAUCCGAAGCUAAACGUUGUAGCCCCAUCAAACAAGGGUGAUGCUCGCGAGGACUUUGAUUUUAACGAUGGAGAUCUUAACUAUAUUGGCCAGAUGCUCAUGGAAGAAAACAUGGAAGAGAAGGUGUGUAUGUUUCAAGAGUCUACUGCUCUCCAAGAUACUGAAAGAUCAUUUUACGAGGCUAUAGGCGAGAAGUAUCCACCGCCUGCUGGUCGUUAUACAGUUUCCAAUUCCGAUCAAAAUGGAAUUUUGGUUGAUGGAAAUUGUCACAAAUCUAUCAAAAAUGCUAACUCUCGUUUGUUGUGUCCCAAAAUGGACCCUUAUCCCAGUGAAUCUGACAUUUCUAGUGCCCAACCUAUUCAAGUUAGUGUCCCGUUGCAGACUAUAUCUCAGUCGUCCUACAGCACAUCAAGCAGCUCGGGCACCGUAAAUGAUGGCCACGUUGAUUCUCCUGUGAGUACGUUAAGGAUUCCUGAAAUUUGUAAUAGCAAGGAGUUGCCUGUUGAUUUGGGUUAUAAUGGGAAGAAGAGAAGUGCAGAGAAAAAUGAAGUGGCAGUUAAUAUGGAGAAGAAUUACGAGAAUCAGCACUCUCGUGAAAUGUCCAAAGCGAAAAAGAAUCUGCACAACGAAGAUCUGGAAGCGUUGGAGGGGAGAAGUAACAAGCAGUCAGCAGUUUCAUCUGACUCGACUCUUAAACCGGAAGUGUUUGACAUGGUGUUGCUAUGCAGUGGAGGGAAGAAUGAAUCGGCUCUUCGUCAGGCCUUGCAGAUUGUAUCGAUAAAAAAUGCAACAGACAAUGACGAUUCAAAGGCAUCCAAUGGGGGGAAGAAAUCUCGAAGAAAGAAACAAAGAGGUAAAAGAGACACGGUAGACUUGAGAACGCUUUUGACACUUUGUGCAGAAGCCGUUGUAGCUGAUGACCGUAGGAAUGCGAGUGAGUUUCUGAAGCAGCUCAGGCAACACUCGAGUCAAACGGGGGAUGGUAUGCAAAGGCUGGCUCAUUACUUUGCGGAUGGUCUCGAGGCAAGGAUGGCGGGUUCCGGGACCCAAAUAUAUAAAGCCCUUAUAACCAAACCUACCUCGGCUGCUGAUAUCCUAAAAGCGUAUCAGCUAUUUCUUGCUAUCUGUCCAUUCAGGAAGAUCUCGAAUUUCUUCUCGAACAAGACAACCAUGAAUCUAGCCCAAAGUGCAACAUCCGUGCACGUUAUUGAUUUCGGUAUCCUUUAUGGUUUUCAAUGGCCUUGCUUCAUACAGCGUCUUUCCUCUAGAAAGGGUGGACCUCCAAGGCUUCGUAUAACUGGAAUUGAUCUUCCACAGCCGGGUUUUCGACCAGCAGAGAGGGUUGAGGAAACAGGGAAACGCUUGGCUAAUUAUGCCGAGAGGUUCAAUGUUCCAUUUGAGUUUAAUGCUAUAGCAAAGAAGUGGGAAACGAUUAAAAUCGAGGAUAUAAAGAUAAACAAGGACGAGGUUCUUGUUGUUAACUGCCUAUUUAGGCUUAGGAAUCUCCUUGACGAGACCGUGGUUGUGAACAGUCCGAGAGAUAUUGUUUUGAAGCUCAUCCGGGAGUUGAAUCCACAUGUUUUCAUACAGGGGAUUGUCAACGGUGCUUACAAUUCCCCCUUCUUUAUCACACGAUUUCGAGAGGCUUUGUUUCAUUUCUCGUCUUUGUUUGAUAUGCUCGACACUAACGUUCCCCGCAAUAUCCACGAGAGGAUACUUAUUGAAAAGACGAUAUUUGGGCAGGAAGCAAAGAACGUUAUUGCGUGUGAAACCGCAGAGAGGGUCGAGAGGCCAGAGACGUACAAGCAAUGGCACGUUAGGAACAUGCGGGCGGGAUUUCUUCCGCUUCCUUUGAACAAGGAGAUCAUGAAGAUGUCCAGAGACCGGGCCAAGGUAUACAACAAGGAUUUUGUAAUUGAUGAAGACGGGGAAUGGCUUCUUCAAGGAUGGAAGGGACGCAUUGUCUAUGCACUUUCCUCCUGGAGACCCGCUUCUUGAUCUUGCUUAAGAUCGUUCUAUCAACAAGAAGCAUGCAAGCUCGACUAAGCUGAUGUAUUCUAUUUCCUACUUUUGCAAGCUGAGGUAGUGGCUAAGUGGAUGCAUAGAUUGGUCAUUUGGAAGCGCAUCAGCGACAAAGACAACCAACCAUCGAGCCAAAUAUUCGCUCGAUAUGUAAAUGAUAUUUUAGUUGUAUGUAAAUAUAUGAAGAAUGUCAAGAGCAUAUAUAUCCAGAAUCAAAUCAAAGCUCUGAAUGGAUUAUAUCUCUGGCUUUGGGUAUUGAAGCUAUAAAUGUACAUUCUCACAAUAUCAGCUUAAACUCUUAGUUAAGAUGGAACACAUCUUUCUGUUCUACUAAUGUCAUUGGUGUCUACCAUAUGUGCAUAUUCUUUAUCCCAGAAUUGGUGCUGAGUUGAUGUUCAAA